AAAAUCUUGCUGCCUCAAGCUGGGGGUGCUCAUUCACGCUAAAGCGGCGCUACGGUGAAACAUUCUUGGCGACAUUGUGAAGAUUCAAGUGCAAGUUCUACGUAGGCAUUUGUUCAGGAACGAAUUCAUCAACUCAUCAACUCAUGACUUGUGAAUAAUUUAAUGUCAAGUUGGACCUUCACAAAGACUGGGCAGCGACGUAAAGUGACAAGUAUGACACUAGAUUCACUCUGAGAUCCCACUCCGGCAUAGACUGUCCAGUGGAAGAUUGAAGUCAGUGGCAAUUCGCACUCUGAAUGCGCUAAGGCUUGGUGGGAUUAGCGUAGCCUUAUCGCUGGCGACACCUGAUGCGACCGCCUCACAGCCUUUAUUCCAGCUUCAUCAUUAUAUACUAUAUCAGAUCUUUGUCCUCCCCGCGCGCCCUGUCCAGAAGAAGGGCCUGGCGAGCGAUGCUUCAAGGCGCUGAAGCACCCUCGACCAAAGCAUGUGGCCGCCAUGCGACAUUCAUCGACUCCCACCGCCUACCUGUCGAAUGAAGCAUGGGCCAUAGCACGAACGGUAUUGUCCUCAAACCCCCUUCUUGCUGCAUCCCCCUUUAUCUUUACCGACUGUCGUCGUGGUGAUGAAGUGCUUCCGGUGACAAUGGAUUGACCUGGACCUCCAUGUUGAACAGCCACAACAAAAGACAGGGCAGCCACAGUUAAGUGUGUGAGCCAUGUCGUGGCCCGUCUAUGGCAACAAGCAUUCAGACAGAGAGUUACGAUGUUCUCCAGGACUAUAUAUGAAAAAUUAACAAGACCCUGGCAUGGCAGCUAGGAAGAAUACGACAAGCCAAACAACACAGGCUGAAGACAGAGCACUUAGCGUCGCAGGUACGGAGUCAGUUCAACGGUAGCAUCUCCAGCCCCGUCACUGUCUUGGACCCUCUACCACUGGAAGGAAACAUACAACUCAGCCGCAUCUCCCUAUCAGCCGCACUCUCCAGCCGCGAGGCUGAAUCCCCUGAUGUCCUUGGCACCUUUACGUGCGGCUCGACCCAAAUGGGCGCACUAUUUGAGAUGUCUACACCACGCUUCUCUAUCGUCUCUGUCCUUCUCUCUUCAUCACUUGUCUCUCCUCUCUCCUCUGAGUUCCUUAACCCAGAGUGCUUGGAGACAGCUAUGCUCUUCUGUUUCAAGUCCAUGAAUCUGCUCUGCAUUGAUCCAUUUCUCCCUCCAGUCUGUCCUGCCAAAACAUCUUUUAUACCACCGAGUCCCGAAUCAUGGCGCAGCUUCCACCCGUCAUGGCAGGCCCUUCUGUCAAUCCUCCCGGCAUGGCACGCGCUCCAGUCGACCCAAGGAAAGUGGCCGAAUUCUUCGCUCGAAUGCCCAAGAGAACCCAGAGAAUCGCGAGGUCCCUGAGAGCCAUCUACAGACUGUUCGUGAAGAUCGGUUACAUCGAGCAUCGUGACAUCAAAUAUCCACCACACGACCUCGACGGCAACAAGUGUCUCAGAAUGGGUAUGAGCCUCGCCGCAGUCCAAUUCCUCGAAGCGCUUCCCUGGGCCAUUGCAGGAAGUGGCGACAUGAUUCCCAAUUCCCCGAUUGUCGACUUCGGGUCCACGACCAGUCUCCUGGCUGCGGAACAUAUCCAUAAUGCAACUGGCCAACAUCCCGCGGACCGCAAGAACUGCUUUAUUGCUCUGACUAAUUUUGGAGAGAAUGGUCGUGGCUAUGCUUUGGUCUUGGACGUCGCUAAAGGUACAAUCCGCCAAUGGGACGGUACUGGCGAUUUCAAGUCCGUGCCAGCGAGAAACGCAGUCACGGUGUUGAGAGAAAUCCAGCAACGCUGUCACAAACUCGACGAAGUCCCCUACGGAUUGGAGAUUGUGCAGCCCACUAUGCAUCUGCGUACAAACCCUGAUGGAUCACAGUGUUACGAGAGGGAUCGCACAUACGUGCUUGUCGCGGGUGCAGCAGAAGAAUGCGGUUGGCCAAGUCCAUUCAAUUUGCGCAAGUUCCAGUUUCUGGCACGAAGAUGGCUUGUGACAGUUGGUUCCGAAGAAGAUGAUCUCGAAGAAGAUGGUGUCGGAGAAGAAUGAUGGUGUGCCGUGUUACCCAGGUAGCAAAUUGUGCGGGCAUGGUUGAAGUCCAGUGAUCAAUGCCUGAGGAAAGGCUGUUUGUUGAGUGUCCAGGAAAAUGGAUGCCAGGAGCAAAGCAUAGCAUAGAAUAGCCAAGCAUAGCUUAAUACGAUGCCAGUACGUACUAUCAAGCUCA